UUUCUGACAGAAUUCAGGAAGUGAAAUGUAGUAGAUGGGUCGUUUUUCUUUAUGUCGAAGAUAUAAAUAUGAAUCGACAGCAGAUAUGAACGGAACCCGAGAAUCUCGAAGUUCGAAUUCCUACGACUGGACUCAAGAUAUCCAGUUACAUGGUUUGUUGUAUAAGAAGCCAAUUAAUCACCAGAGUAACAAAUGGACAAAAAGGUAUUUUGUGAUAAAAGAUGGUUUUUUGCUGUACUACCCUGACACAGAGAAAAAGGAUCUGGAGAAGAGGAAAUGUCUUAAUGUUCACCCAAAGGGAAUUAUCCCCCUUGGAGAGUGUUCAAUUGAAGUGGUCAGUGAGAAUGGACAGCCCCAUGCCUUUUGUGUAGAGAGUGCAGAAAUAACUGGCAAACUUCUGUUGGCAGCUGACAGCAGCUUUGAGCGAGACAAAUGGAUUGAUAUGUUAAAGAAAUCCAAACGCAUAAACUGGAAGAGUUCUAAGCUUGCUGAUGAGAUGAUUCACCAGUUAGAAGAACAGGGACUUCAAAUGGCCAAACAAAGGCAGGAUUACUUUGACCAGCUGCAGUCAGAAGUGAUGGCAUUAUCAGACGAGAAAGAGAAAUAUGAGGAACUUGCAAGGGUUAAUCAAGAGCUAGAAAAAGAAAAAGAGAAGAUGGAAAAAUACCAGACAGAAUUAAUGGAGGAAUUUGAACAAGUAAAAAAGGAACUAGAGGAAACUAACCAAUACAUGCAGGAUGUGGAGAAAGAUAGGGAAGAACUCUCAUCAACGAUUUCCCAGCAGCAGGAAAAUUUACAGAUUUUGGCCAAAGAGAAGCACAAAAUAAUAAGUAAUUUGGAAGAACAAGAAAACCAGAACCAGACUUUACAAAGCAUGGAGGAGCAAUUGAGGAAAAUCGAAAACAAAAUGAGUAUCCUUCAAACUGAGAAAGCUGAAACAGAGAAAAGGUUAAAAGAAAAUGAAGACAAAGCCCUGUUAUUAGAGGAAGAAAAGCAGCAGUUUAAUGAGCAAGCCCAAGAACUGAAUGAGACCAUCAAGGAUCUUAGAGCUCAGAAGGAGAUGACAGAGGCUGAACUUAAGGAAGAAGUGAUGGCCAGAAUGGAUGCCGAGAGAAAACUCAAGGAAGCAGAAGAGUCGUUGAGGAAGCUCGGUGUCGCAGUGGAUUCUCAGACUAAAAUAAUCAAGGAAGAUGUUCAUCAGGAAAUGGUUAUUAAUGUCAAAAAAUUAAAAGAUUUCUUUGAGGGACUUGCUAUGGAAGCAAAAAUAGAUGAAGACAAGCCUAUGAUUGUGAAAAACUCCAUCCAUGCUCGAAAAACAUUACAAAGAAGAGCCAAAACCAAUAAAGUGAAAAAAGCACGCUCAAAUAGUUUGCGAGUGAAGUCAUCCAGUUUUGAUGAAGAGAAAGGUGACGGAAUUGCUCCAAUUCGUCGAUGUGUAACAACCGUCAGGAAGAACUUUGCACAAUCUCUUAACUUCCCGCUUGGAGGGGGUGUUAAAUUGACAGAGGAGGAGUUUUUAUGAUUGAAAAUUAUGGCAGGUGCCAAUUUCUAGCAUAAUGUUUUUCCGAUAUUACCGGUCGUGUAGGGUACAUUCCGGUAUAAUUCAACAUUAAUUCAGAGACAUUGCAAGUUGAUACAUGUACUGUAUAAAUCAAACAUUUCCAAGAUUUACAUCCAUCAAAUUUCUGUCAUUGCAAACCAUUUUUGUCUGGGAGAUUCUUUUAUAAGACAGUUUGAUAAAAAACAUACUUUUCAACAGAACCUGUUUGCAAUACUUGGUGCUGCUUUGUCUCAUGUACAAACAAUUACAUGUACAUUGCUGGAAGCAGAAAGAAAAUCACAAAUUCACUGAUUGGUUUGUAAAAGAUGUAUUAAUUCCAAUAUUCUUCUAAACAUUUAAUUUUAUUUUGAUGUGCUAUUGAAAGUUGGAGUCUAAUUUUUUUUGUCAUUUUCUGUGCCAAAUUAAUGUGCUCAUAUAAGCAAUGGUAAGACAUGGUAUUUAUCAUUCUGAGAAUCCUAACAUGCUUUUGCCAUCAGGUAAUUAGCUGGUUAUAGGGAUUCGGAACUCAUUCAAAUAGAUUUUAAUAUUGUCUCAUUUGCUUUCACAAGUUACUUCCCUUUUCUUAAAUAUACACCUAUGUAAUAUAUAUGUGUGAUAAAGAAAAGAUGGGAAAACUUUUCAAAGAACUUGUUAUUGUUAUAAAUCUUUGUACAUAUUUGCUUGUAUAGUUUUUGUAUGAUGAAUAUAUUGCCCCUUUUUCUUUUUUUUAACACUUGCACUUUGUGUCUGCAUAAGAGAACUGUACAUUCACCUAUAAUGAGUUUAUGGAGAACAUUUGAUUUUGUUAAUGGAAGAAAUGAUAUGAUAAUUGUUAUACCAUAUAAAUUGUGAUUGAUCAGUGUUCUGUAUGUUAACUUUGUCUCAUUUUGACAAUGGUGCUACUUACCCAUAUGGUAUACAUUGUGUAUAUUCUCUGACAAGAAAAUUUAACUUGUAAAUUUUGGGAGAAAUAGCAAAGUUAAAUGUGUUAUGGUAUAACGACAAACAAAACACACACACACACACACAACUUUGUUAUUUGAAGGUGCUUUUUUCCUCCUUAUAUACAUUUUUGUCUUUUACAUUGUUUUAAAAUCAAUACAUUCAAUAAAUCACUCAUGAGCUGUGAGUUAAGGCUAGGUAUAGGCAUUUCUAUGCAAAUGAACUAAUGAAAACACAUAUGGGCUGUACCUUUUUAUACAAAGAAUACUAAAACUUAAUAAUGCCUAAUACAUAUUUGGUACCCACAGCAUGUUAUAGCCAGUGCACAUUAUGAUGUCAUAUUAUGACACCAUUGUUCUUUACUACACAAGGAUAGAAAGAACAUCAACAAAAAAGCUUCGACGCAAGGGCAUACCCUAAUUUAAUUUUACAGAAACAAGGUAUAAUUAGAAGCAGUAUAUUGCUGCACAAAUAUUGACAGUUUAUUUGUUUAGUUAUUAUUUGUAUAAAGUUUUGAGUUGAAAUGAGGAAAAAUGCACAGUCUAAUGUAAGUUUCCUCAGAUUCUGGUCAAAUGAGAAAUUGUAUAGGAUCUGUGCAGCAAUUUCAUUAAUCUUCAGAAUAUUCUUCUUAGCAUUAUACAUUAUUUAUGUUAAAUAGAAUAGGACAUGCCUUUGUGCUGAACUGUUUUGUUGAUGUGUUUUAAUUUAUUACCUCCAGUAGUUGAGAACUAUGAUGUCGUAAUGUGUACUGGAUAUAAUGUGUCAUGUAUAAUAUACAUACUUAGUAUCCACGACAAUAAGAAAAUUAAUUUAAACUUUCUCUGCAUAAUGGAUACAUCUCUUAUGCAUUUUUAUCAGUACAUUUGCAUAGAAUCACUUUGCUGUUACUCACAUGGAUACCUACCGAGAGGAAAUAUGUGAUAAAUGUGGUAGGAUAAGAAAAUGAUACCAAAAAAGAAAAGUAAUGCUAUCUUACCAAAACUGUAAAACAAUAAGGUUCAUUACCUCUGGACAGCUAGGGUUUCAGACAAACACAACAUGCAGGAUGCUGUAAAUUAUUCGGUAUUCAUAUCUUUAAACAGUUUAUGUGUAAAUUUAUAUUUAUGAACACAUGAAACUUCUUGUAAGAAAUUAUUAAUUUUCUCAGGAACUUCAUCUAAAAAGUAUAUACAUGUACUAGAGAAUAUUUAAUGUAGAUCUAGGUACCAGCUACUUAUUAAACAGGUAUGGAUAAUUUUGUGAAUUGUUUCUACCAGUCUAGACCAAAGGAGUUUAUAUGCAAUGGUAAUUAAGAUAUCUGUCUGAUUGUCUGUGUAAACACUUUAUGCCCCUCCAUGAAUAUGACCUGUCAUAUGUCCCUAAAUUUCACAAUUUUUUUUCUCAUUUGGUUUGUAGUUCAUCUUUUUUGAUUCCAUAAAGGAAACUCCAUACAUUGAUAUACCUCUAUAAGAACAUUUUUUUUCUAUAUAUACCUAAGAGAUCAUAUAUAAAUUUGCUAAAUAUUGAAUCAAUCUCAGACUAAAGAAGAAAGGUACAUUUCUUUUUUUUACAGUUGCAAUACAAAUGUACCAAUGGACAUAUAUUCUGCUACUUCCUCUAGAGUCUUGGUCCAGUUUCAAUAAAACAUAGUACACAAGUAGACCAUAAAGAUACUUAAUUCUGUUCGUGUUUGAAAAGUUAGAAAGCAUUAGGACAGAUUAGAAUUAUGUUAAUGUUACAUAAAAAAAACUUUCAGGUCCAGGUGCUAGCUACUACGGCACACCAGAAGAACUACAGUCCAGUCAGAGACUUCUGGCUUAUCUUUUCAAAGAAAAACAUAAUCACACUCCUUUUAAUCACCAGUUAGAUUCAUUUCAUAUUUGCAUGUAUAAUCUCCUUUUUAUGACUUCAUUAUUUUGUCUGGAGCAAUCAAUGGAAAAAAUGUCAAAAUUGAUACAGUCAUUUUAAAUGAAGUAUUUUCAAGGGUUGUAAUGUUAAAUACUUGUACAGGACCAUACAUACUGUACUGAGUAUCCUAAAAGUAUAUCUUGAUUGGUGAAUGAUGUAUGUUUGCAAGUUCAUUUUCCACUUUCGCUCUCUGUCAAUUAAUGUCCUGUUAAUAUCACUUUUCAACAGUAGCCCAAACUAGACAGUUCUAUACUCUACAUUUACAUUGAUUGUAAUAAUUGUGAUUCUUCUAUAGAAUUUAUCUUGAUUUUGUUCUUUAAAAUAUUCAAGUAAUAUUUGUUUUAAAAUGCUUGGUCUAUUGUUAUAUCAUUUUGUGAAAAUAAAAA